UUCCGUGUAUUAUAGACUGGCUAAUUUUAGCACCUGGGUCUGUUUAAAAGCCACGCUGAUCAGCAGAACCUCAAUACACCUGUACAAUGGACAAAGUGAAGGAACAUAUCAUUGAUAGGAUUGAAUUCUAUUGCUCUGGAGAAGCUCUUUGGGACUCCAACCUAACAUGGAACACGACCACCCCAGAUCUGACGUCAUGCUUCCAGAAAACUAUUCUACCCUGGAUCCCGUGCCUCUUUCUGUUGAUUUUAUCUCCCUUAAGACUGUUUUUGCUGCCGAAGGAACUCUCAAAACAAACCCAUUCUGGACUUAGCUCCGCUAAAAAUAUUCUGUGUUAUGUACUUAUGUUCCUCUCGUUUCUGGAAUGCUUGGAAACGGUGUAUGUGAAUUCUCUGAGCGAUGCCUGGGGAACACCCACCUUCUUCUCCUCACUACUGACUGGAAUCACCAUGAUUAUAGCAAACCAUAUCAUGAUAACUGAACGCCAACGAAAGAUCCGCUCCUCCGGAUUUUUAUUAAGCUACUGGUUUUUGAUGUCAGUCAGCCUUACAUUGAUGCUUCAGUCCCAUAUCAGACGGAUUUUUAAGCAGGAAAUAACCAAUGUGGAUAACAGACUGUGUCUCCUGUCGCUUCAAUCUCUCCUGUCUAUUAGUCAGCUAGUCCUGACAGGGCUAUUUGUAGACAGAUUUCCUGAUGAUAACGAAAAGUACCAGCAGAAACGAUGCGCUGAAAAAAGUACAAUUCUUACAAUACUGACGUUUUCUUGGUUUACUGGUCUAGUACGUGAAGCCUACAAGAGACCACUGAAGGCCGAAGAUAUGGUAGAACUCCAAACAGAGUUGAAAUCAGAAUCUGCUGUUCCGAUAUUUGAAAACGCAUGGCGUGACGAAGUAAAGAAACUAAAAAGAAAACCUGAAAUCAAUAACAACAAAUCAGAUGGAAAAACAGGAGAAGCCAGUUUGGUCAAAGUGCUGUUUAAGGUCCAUUCAUACGAGAUAAUCCUUAAUUUUCUGCAGCGAAUUUUCCGUCACGUUCUGCAGUUUGGAGGACCUGUGCUAUUCAAAUAUAUAAUUGAUUUCGCGGAGGAUAGAAAUGAUUUUCUCUGGCAUGGAGUCUUGUUCGCCUGUGUCAAAUUCUCAGUUGAUGUCGUACAACUGUUGAUGGGUAACUACGACGACAACAUUUGUCAUAUGCUUGGAAUCAAAAUUAGAACGUCUGUAUGUGGUGCCCUCUACAGAAAGAUGACUAAACUUUCACACGGAUCCAAACAAGACAGCACCGUGGGAGAGAUGGUGAAUUUGAUGGCUGAUGACGCCAUGAAGAUCACUCGUGCUCUCUUUGAAUUACACUUCCUAUGGAUUGGGCCGUUUCAGGCAUGCGUGGCACUUUAUUUCCUGUACCAGGAGUUGGAAUCAGCUGCUCUUGUUGGAUUUAGUCUGUUAUUAAUUUUCAUUCCGAUGAAUGUGUUUAUAGCAAAGAAGCAUCACAAAAUCAAUAAAGAGGGGAAAGAUAUUGAAGAUAAAAGAAUGAAGGUCUUGAAUGAAGUCUUCAAUGGAAUUAAGGUAUUGAAAUUGUACGCUUGGGAACCCUCUUUUGAAGACAAAAUUGGAUCCAUUCGAUCCCAAGAACUGCGUGGGAAAAUGAAGAGGAAAUAUUUUGAUAUAUUUUCUUUCUUUAUAUGGGGGAUAUCAGAAUUCCUGAUAACAUUCGUAAUGUUUGCUAUGUACCUGUGGUCUGAUGAGAAUAACUCUAUGACAACAAAGACAAUAUUCUACACAAUAUCAUUGCUUGGGAUUCUUCAAGGACCAAUUCUCCACAUGCCACACGUCAUCACAUCUCUUGUUGAGACAUCAGUAGCUCUGAAGAGAAUUCAAAAGUUUUUGAAUAAUGAAGAAAUUGAUGAGAUGGCUAUUCAGCAUAAUGAAAAGGCAGAGAAGGCGAUUCAAAUGAACCGUGCAUCCUUUGCUUGGAAUAAAUACAAAAAUCCUAUUUUGAAGAAUAUCGACAUGGACAUUUCUGACGGGGGAUUGGUGGCUGUGGUUGGAGCUGUGGGUGCCGGGAAAUCGUCACUGUUGGCCGCCGCUGUUGGAGAAAUGGAGAAGGUCUCUGGAGAUGUUUGUGUAAAGGGUUCUAUGGCCUAUGUAACUCAGCAAGCAUGGAUUCAAAAUAAUUCUCUGAAGGAAAAUGUUUUAUUUGGAAAGGAAAUGUGUGAAAAGAAUUACAGUAAAGUGUUAGACACAUGCGCUCUACGACCUGAUCUUGAUAUUCUUCCUGGAGGAGAUGAAACUGAAAUCGGCGAAAAGGGAAUCAACCUUAGUGGAGGUCAAAAACAAAGAGUUAGUUUGGCACGUGCUGUUUACCAGGAUGCAGACAUUUAUCUACUGGAUGACCCACUCAGCGCUGUGGAUGCGCAUGUCGGAAGACAUAUAUUUGAAAAUGUGAUUGGCAAACGUGGACUCCUUCGAAAUAAGACUCGCGUCCUUGUAACGCACGCCAUAAGCUUUCUUCCGAGUGUGGACAAGAUCAUCAGCAUGGUUGAGGGAGAAAUAUCGGAAGUCGGGACUUACGGCGAAUUAAUGGAAAGUAAUGGCGCUUUUGCAGAAUUUAUACGAAAUAAUCUGCUAGAGGAGUCCAGCUCAGACGAAGAAACAACCGAGGAAAUACCCAAAUCUCUAGACAGACAACUUUCAGCAUUCAGUAACUCAAAGGUAGAAGGAAAUGUAAAAGCUGAGAAUAAAUGUAAAGACUCCAAAUUUAUUGAAGAAGAGGCAGUGGAAACUGGUCAGGUCAAAUGGUCUGUCUACACCACCUAUUUGAAGGCCGCUGGACCGAUUCUUUUGCUUUCGUGUUUCUUCUGUUUUGCCGAAAUCACCACCUCUCAUUACAAUCAAUAUUGGCUCAGCGAAUGGAACAAUGACAACACAGAUAACUGUACAUCAUUAAAUGUAUCAACAAGUGUACAACAAUCGAGCGAAAGACACAGACUAACUGUAUAUGGCUCAGUAGGUCUAAUAAGAACUAUCUUCGACGUAAUCAUACAAUUCUUGACAGCUUAUAUUGCCAUUACAUCAGCACGAAAACUUCAUCAAAAUGCUUUGUCUAGUGUGAUGAGAGCACCAUUAAACUUCUUUGAUACGACUCCGAUUGGCAGGAUUAUCAAUCGUUUUUCAAAAGACAUGGGAACGUUAGAUGGACCACUUCCCUGGAUAACACAGUCAUUCAUGCAAUGUUUUCCUCAUCUGAUAUUCACAAUCGGCAUCAUUACUCUGGGAACUCCGAACAUUCUAUUCUUUGUGAUACCAUUGUGCAUCGUUUACUUUUUCGUACAGAGACUCUUCACUGCCACAGCGACUCAGACAAGGAGGAUUUGCAGCGCUCUUAGAUCACCCCAAUAUUCGCACUUCAGUGAGUCCAUACACGGUGUCACCACAAUCCGUGCCUUCAACAAAACUUCAGAGUUCGCCAUGGAAUGUGAUCGUCGACGGGAUGCUUAUAAUAAAGCCGAAGUUACAAACACCAUGUGUUACAGAUGGUUGGGGAUUCGUUUACAGUUUCUAGGAAAUAUUUUGGUGUUUAUUGCCUGCAUCCUGGCUUCUUGUCGCAGAGAUGUACUGUCAAGCGGGAUCAUUGCUCUUGUUAUGACUUACUCUGGUCGUGUAACAGGAAUACUUAACUGGAUUGUUCACGUAUUCACUGAAAUGGAUACAAACAUCGUAUCUGUUGAACGGAUUCAGGAAUAUAUUGAUAAAAAACCAGAGGCAGAAUGGAGGAUCAAAGAAACUAAACCUGCUCCAGAAUGGCCUCAUGAAGGUCACAUAAAAUUUUCCAGUUUUAGUCUGAGAUAUCGCGAAGGCCUGGACUUGGUUUUAAAAGGAAUUGACUGUGAGAUUUUCUCUGGAGAAAAGAUCGGAAUAGUCGGCCGUACUGGUGCUGGAAAAUCAUCAUUGACUCUUGGUUUAUUCCGAAUUCUUGAAAAAGCUGAAGGCAGUAUAACCAUUGAUGACAUUGACAUAUCUACCAUUGGUUUACACGACCUUCGUUCAAAACUCACAGUCAUUCCUCAGGAUCCCAUUCUCUUCUCCGGCACAAUACGAAUGAAUCUGGAUCCAUUCAAUUCCUACUCCGAUAAAGAAUUGUGGGAAGUCUUGGAACAUGCUCAUCUAAAGAAAUAUGUAGAAUCCUUAGAAGAUGGUCUUCAACAUGAAUGCACAGAAGGUGGUGAAAAUUUAAGUGUUGGACAGAGGCAGUUGGUGUGUCUUGCGCGCGCUCUGUUAAGAAAGACUAAGGUAUUGGUGUUGGAUGAAGCUACAGCGGCCGUUGACCUUGAAACGGACAAAUUGAUACAGAACACAAUCCGACGCGAGUUCGCGGACUGUACCAUCUUAACCAUAGCACACAGACUCAACACCAUCAUGGACUACUCCAGGAUUAUGGUACUGGAUAAAGGCGAGAUAAAAGAAUUUGAUACUCCUGAAGAGCUACUGAAAGAUGAAGAAAGUAUAUUUUACAAGAUGGCCAAAGAUGCUAACUUAGUGUAGACAAAAUAAAGACAUGGACGUAAUUGUCCCUAUCGUGGAUCUAAUAGACAGAAAUAUUUUGACAACUUCUUGGUGCAAAAAUAUCUUUUUAUUCAUUAUAUGUCCAUCCAAAUGGUGCUUUACUGCUUUAUUUCAGUGUUAAUUUUGUAUUGACUCGAUCUCAAGAAAGAGAACUUAUAUAAAAUGCAUAUUCAUUAGCACAUUAAUUAUUAUACUGUCCACUGUCGGAUGAGAAAUAUUAUGGUAUGUGUCUCUGAAUGCUGGAGUAUGUGCUGUUUAUGUGAUAUGAGAAAUAUAUUAUGGUAUACGUUUCUGAAUGCUGGAGUGUAUGGUAUAUUUGUGUUUGCAUGAUAUGAGCAAUAUUAUGGUAUGUGUUUCUGAAUGCUGGAGUGUGUGAUAUAUUUGUGUUUAUGUGAUAGGAGAAAUUUUAUGGUAUACGUUUCUGAAUGCUGGAGUGUAUGGUAUAUUUGUGUUUGCAUGAUAUGAGCAAUAUUAUGGUAUGUGUUUCUGAAUGCUGGAGUGUAUGGUAUAUUUGUGUUUGUAUGAUAUGAGCAAUAUUAUGGUAUGUGUUUCUGAAUGCUGGAGUGUAUGGUAUAUUUGUGUUUGUAUGAUAUGAGCAAUAUUAUGGUAUGUGUUUCUGAAUGCUGGAGUGUAUGGUAUAUUUGUGUUUGUAUGAUAUGAGCAAUAUUAUGGUAUGUGUUUCUGAAUGCUGGAGUGUAUGGUAUAUUUGUGUUUGUAUGAUAUGAGCAAUAUUAUGGUAUGUGUUUCUGAAUGUUGGAGUGUAUGGUAUAUUUGUGUUUAUGUGAUAGGAGAAAUUCUAUGGUAUACGUUUCUGAAUGCUGGGGUGUAUGCUGUUUUAAUUUAAUCUGAUUUAAGGGUACAUGUAUUUUCUACGUAUUGUAAUGCCACUAUUUAUUAGUACUUGUAUGUGAACACAUUUGUUUUUAUCCCAGUAUGUUGUUGUGAAUUUUUUCAUAUCGUUAUGAAUGUAAAAAUAUUUGAUCUAUUUUUGUGAUGACUCGUUCAUUAAAUCUAGUCUUGUUUACAG